UCAUAAUAUCAAAUUCGAUCACAUAUUUAUCACAGUGCCAAUAUGCUGUCUGCUACAGAUAAUUCCAAAACGUCCUCCAAAUACGUACGGGGAGUUUCAUUUGACACAAUGACUCACAAAGACCUUCACAACUAUUCUUUUACCCUGAGAGGAAAAACCCCUGGCUACAAACGGUCCAGAAGAACCCGGACGUUUAUGAUUGCCACAGACCUGGCAAAUUACAGCGAGUUUGCUCUCAACUGGGCCAGUGAUGAAGUCAUGGACGAUGGAGAUGAACUUAUUGUACUGCGUGUAGUCACGUUGGAGACAGCUGAAAUUCGUACUUCUCUCUUGCUUCACGAAGAAGAACAAGCCCGACAGAAUGCUGAGAGAGUUAUGGAAAAAAUUAUGGCCAGCAGUAACGACGAAAAGAGAGUUAGUGUGAUAAUUGAGUUUGUCAUUGGAAAAGUCCAGGAGACGAUCCAACACAUGAUUGCCAUGUACCAGCCCUCGCUUCUCAUUGUGGGAACUCGCGGUUUGUCCGAUUUUAAAAAUAUGCUCUUAGGUAGUGUUUCAAAAUAUUGCUUGCAGCAUUCUCCUGUUCCCGUCGUUGUAGUACGCCCUGAUGAUAAGAUCAAGAAGAACAAGACAAAGAAAAAUCGAUUGAGUGGGCUGAUGCGAUUGAGUAGCCACAGUAGUGUUGCUACCAUCAGUAGCUUCAAGUCAAGCACAAGCGAAUCUUCUUCUGAUGAAGACGAGUCAGAACCCACAAAAACUAAAGGAGUAGACAAAGUGGAAAAGAUAGACAAGAUAGAUAAAUCAGAUAAGACAGAAAGAGGCGAAAAGACCGACAAGAAAUCCAACCGCCUAUCUUUGUUUGAAAACUUUGGUCGUCGUUCCCGUUCCCCUUCUCCAUCUCCUGCCAAGACACGCUAAUGUGUGUGCCUAGUCAAAUGAACCGAAAGAAAAAUUCUGCCACCUUUUUGUCCUUUAUUACAACUGAGGUGUACUGUAUUUGUAAUAAAUAUUCCACUUAUUU